AUGACAAGCGGAUAUGUCCACGAGCCUCUUCCAGAAGGGAAAUACAUCCGGCUUCUCGAACUACUUCCGUCCGAUAAGCACGAUGACAUGGUCGAAUGCAAUCUAUCUUCCUUUUCCCUCAGUCUUGCGCCACAAUAUGAGGCGCUGUCUUACACUUGGAGUGCAACCUUCCCCCAAUUUCAGAUGCGGUGUAACGGCAAGGGAUACAGCGUCAGAGCGCAGUUGUAUAACGCUCUGAAAAGGCUUCGCCGUAAGACACAAGAGGGAUUCCUUUGGAUAGACGCGAUUUGCAUCAAUCAGGCUAGUGAAGUUGAGAAGAACCACCAGGUCCCUCUAAUCAGGGGCAUUUUCGAGAGGGCGCAAGUCGUCCUAAUCUGGUUAGGAGAGGAGGCCGACGACAGUAACAUGGCUAUCAAUUUCCUGAAGGCCUUGCAGCUUUUGAUUUGGGUCGCUGUUCGGAAGUUUCUUCAACGGCCUUGGUUCUCUAGAAUCUGGAUCCUUCAAGAAGUGGCGGUAGCCAAAAGGGCCACAAUA